AUGCUGCCAACUAUUCUGGGGAUAUUUUUGUUCAGCAAUAUAUUUCCUACCGUUUUUGGGCUGACGACAACGCCGGGCUCGCCCUGCGAGAGUCGCUGCAGUAAAUGGGGCUCCACCUCCAGUACUAACGCCUCCGAGAUCGUAUGUCUAGACACUGCGUACAACACCACCUCCAAAGGCCAGGCUUUUGCAGACUGCGUCACUUGCCUAUUGGAUAGCACUUUCUAUGAUUCCGGUACUGGCUCGGCUGACGUUAAAUGGGGUCUCUACAAUCUUCGCUUUGCGUUUUCAACCUGUGUUUAUGGAUUCCCAACACAGGUUUCCAACGUCUCCUCUCCGUGUCCAGUUGGAUGUGCAGGUGUUCAGGAUGCGGUGGAAUUCGAUGUAGGAAGCCCCAGUGUGUCCAACCUGGACUCCUGGUGCGAUCAAUCAAGCUUUGCAGACAACGUUGUCAACACCUGCGAAGCAUGCUACAACGGAACCACCUAUCCACAGCAGCAGCUUUAUCUUGCCAACUUCCUUGAAUCAAUUCGAUACAAUUGCCACUUCCCAGCCGUCAGCGGAUCAAAAUUUGAUGUCUCUCCAACGAGAAUCUUCUAUGAGAGUCUCCUUCCCUCAAGCCUUUCCCUCACCACCCCAACAUCCUCACACUCAGGUGUAAACCUAGGCCUGGUAAUCGCAGUCCCGGUGAUAGGAUUCAUCAUCAUCCUGAUCGCCCUAGGAACCUGCUGCUUCUUUUUCAUCCGAUGGCGUCGCAGACGCCACCGUAAACAACGUUACCAAAGCCACCAGUAUCCUAUCUGUAUGGACCCAUCCCAGGCUGCGCAACAUGGGUGGGAUAAUCAGGAGCAGAUGUAUGCCCAGAUGCAUGCGGCUGCAGCAGCUGGAUUUGUAUUUGUGGAUAGCGAUGGUCAUCCACAGGACCCUGGGUAUGGACAUGAGUUACUCAAGAUUCCUGUUCAGCAGGAUAUCACAGAGACUGCUCCUGCUCAACUUCAAGCCCAGGAUAUGCAUGGCUUCCAGCCUGAUCAGAAGCAUGCCUUAUAA